UUCGAUCACUGGCGGUGUAGCUAACGGCUAAGCUACGUAUCCAGCCAACAUGGAGAGGAAAGUUCUGGCACUCCAGGCGAGGAAGAAGAGGGGGAAAGCAAAGAAGACCAGCAAAAAGCAGCCAGUGAACCCCAGAGCUCGACAGCCACCCCAGCACGAAGCGUCGCCUCAGGAACCUGAGGAACCUGAGGAGAUCCUCGGCUCUGAUGAUGAGGAGCAGGAGGACCCAAACGACUACUGCAAAGGUGGCUACCACCAUGUGAAAGUAGGAGACCUUUACAAUGGGAAAUACCAUGUAAUCCGGAAACUGGGCUGGGGACACUUCUCCACCGUGUGGCUCGCCUGGGACAUCCAGGUGAAGAGGUUUGUUGCAAUGAAGGUGGUGAAGAGCGCAGAGCACUACACGGAGACGGCAGUGGACGAGAUCAAACUCCUCCGAUCUGUUAGAAACUCAGACCCUGCUGAUCCCAACCGGGAGAUGGUGGUCCAGAUGGUCGAUGACUUCAAGAUCUCCGGUAUCAACGGAACUCACGUCUGCAUGGUGUUUGAGGUGUUGGGGCAUCACUUAUUAAAGUGGAUAAUAAAGUCUAAUUACCAAGGGCUGCCCCUGCCGUGUGUGAAGAGCAUCAUAAAACAGGUACUCCAAGGCCUGGACUACCUGCACACAAAGUGUCAAAUCAUCCACACAGACAUCAAGCCAGAGAACAUCCUGAUGAGUGUUGAUGAGCCUUAUGUCCGUAGGCUGGCAGCUGAAGCCACAGAGUGGCAGAGGGCCGGGGCGCCUCCUCCCUCCGGCUCAGCAAUAAGCACAGCACCUGCUCCUAAACAGACGGUAAAAAUGUCCAAGAACAAGAAGAAGAAGUUAAAAAAGAAGCAGAAGCGUCAGGCGGAGCUGCUGGAGAAAUGCAUCAUGGACCUGGAGGAGAUGGAGAAGACCACAGAGACACGAGAGGACGAAGAGGAUGAGGAUGAGGACCCACAGUCUCCAAAGGGACGGGCCUGCGCUCCUCUCAGACAGGUGUCUAUUGGGGAGCUGGGAAAUGAGGAAACGGAGGAGAGCGUGAAUGCAGAUCUCAUCAGGGUGGGACCAGAUGUGCUGCUGGAGGUGAACUGUAACGGCCACGUGGAGGCGGACCAGAGGCAGUCCCAGUGGAGGGACGAAGACCAACAUAACGGCAACGCAGAGCCCACAGAGAAAUGUGCCAGUCAGGAGGAGCAGCAGCACCAUGAGGAGUCCCCCGUUCACCUCAUCUGUAACGGUGUGGACUCUGCAGAGCUCAAGGAGGUGGACAUUGAGACUGAAGGCCGGGGAGCUUACAGCAGCGGAGUCACCGAGAGACACCGACCUGCCCGGCUGGAGGAGGGAGAGCUGGAGCGGAGCAUCCUACAGGAGGAGGAUGACGAGCACGGAGCCGACUGCCUCAACGGCAAGCUCACAGCGGGAUCCCUGCUGGUUAACCCCCUUGAGCCACUCAAUUCGGAGAAGAUCAAGGUCAAGAUCGCAGACUUGGGAAACGCCUGCUGGGUGCACAAGCACUUUACAGAAGACAUCCAGACGCGGCAGUACAGGUCCUUAGAGGUGCUGAUUGGUGCUGGAUACAGCACGCCGGCAGAUAUCUGGAGCACGGCCUGCAUGGCCUUUGAGCUCGCCACAGGGGACUACUUGUUUGAACCGCAUUCUGGGGAAGAUUAUUCCAGGGAUGAAGACCAUAUAGCGCUGAUUAUUGAGCUGCUGGGGGCCGUCCCACGCAAACUCAUAAUGACCGGCAAAUAUUCCAAGGAUUUUUUCACCAAGAAAGGCGAUCUGAAGCACAUCACCAAGCUUAAGCCGUGGGGCCUGCUGGAGGUGCUCAUCGACAAGUAUGAAUGGCCGCGCGAGGAGGCCGAGUGCUUCACUGACUUCCUGCUCCCCAUGCUGGAGCUCAUCCCGGAGAAGAGGGCCACGGCCGCAGAGUGCUUGCGUCACGCCUGGCUCUCCCUCUAGUGGACACCUCCCGCCACUGCGCACCCCCCCCCCCCCCCCCCCCUCUCUCUCUCCAGAGACUGCAACAGAUCACUUUCCAGUUUGGGCAUAUCGGAUGAAUAUUUAUUUCUCUUUUUUUUGUUUGUUUUGGAUUUCUUAUGUUCCUGUUCUUGAGCUAAUGCUUCUGUGUAUGUUUGCUUUGUAUCUGUUCUCUCGGUGUGAUGACGUCAGGAAUCCAGUGGAUUAUAUUACUUUGUGGUCACGUUGGCUCUGCCCACAGCCCGCCCGCCGCCCGAGCAAACCUGUUGUUGUACUGCUAGUGACUCAUCCUUGUUUGUUACACUCC